AUGUAUGCUGAUGACAUGGUACUUCUCUCCCCAACUGCUGAAGGUCUACAAGAAAAACUCGAUAUACUAAGUAAAUACUGUAAGGACUGGUGUCUCAAAGUUAAUACAAAGAAAACAAAAAUUAUAGUCUUCAAUUCAUCUGGCAAACACGUUAAAAUUCCAUUCCAUCUGGAUAACAACAAUAUUGAAUGUGUUAAACAAUACAAGUAUCUGGGUCUGACUGUUAAUGCAUCUGGAACACUAAGUAAUGCUAAAAAUGAUUGUUGUAACAAAGCCAAAAAAGCCUAUUUCAAACUUCAAAAAGACUUUCUAACAUUUAAUCCAUCAAUUAGAACUGCUUUAAAUGUAUUUGACCACACUAUUAAACCCAUUAUCCUGUAUGGUUCGGAGUUAUGGAUUUUACUUGAAGCUGUGAAUGACUUCAUUUCCAAUGAAACAAGGCACUGGAAGGCCAGACUUGGUGCUUAUGAUGUUGAAAAAACUGAUACACUGAAAUUUGUCAUGUCUAAUCCCCUCAAUCUAAACAUAUCAAUAACUGAAGAAAGUAAUCAAGUGCCACAACUCUUGAAAUAUUGCAAUAUUUCUGACAAACUUUGGCCCGCAAUGAUGCCUUGUGCAGAAAACUUCAGUGACAGUCUCCCACACGCAGCUUCUGAUUUGACCUGGUUGACAUAUGUUGUCCAGUUUACACAGCCCAGGAAUCAGUUUGGCAAUUACACUUUUAGUUUCUAUUUUGAGGACAGCUCUAAUGGAACUUCUUCUCCUGUGAACAUUAAAUUUGGUAUAAUGGAGAUGCCUUGUCACAACAGUGGAACUUGUCAAGCUAAAGGAAUCUACCCCUGUAAUGAUACCCACAGGACCCACAGCUUUGAGGCCUACUACAGAUGUCAGUGUACCGGAGGAUACCAGAGUAGAUACUGUACAGAGGACAUCAAUGAGUGUCUCAGUGACCCGUGUGAACCUCCCUUUGUCUGUUACAACAAUCAGAACAGCUACCACUGUGCCUGUCCCCCAGAAAACCCCAACUGUGAAAUAGUUAUAUGGAUGGUAGUCGUCAGUGUGUUCAUAGUGGUCAUCAUCCUGGUACUGAUAGGAAUAGCUGUCUACAGAUACAGGACGCAAAGAGGGUAA